GGACCCCAGGCGUUUUUAUAGCAGAAUUGGUACUCCACAUUAUACGAAAUCGAACAAAAGAAAGAGCAUGGAACGCGGGGAAAAGAAUAAGCAGAAGCCAACACAGGAAAAAGAGAAGAACAAGUCUGAAGACGCAGCCUCGGAUGCCGUAGGCUCCGGCGUGCGUAAAUCGGACGGGGAUCUCGUCGAUUUUUACGAGGGCGUUGCACUCGGACCGCCCCAGCAACGGAUGCUCUGCAAAGAGAAUGUGCUCGCGGACUAUGAGCAGAUGUUCGAGACGAUCGGGAAUGUCAUCAAGGAAAUAGUUGACUUCGGUAAGUACGAAGUAUACGUGAUGCUGUAUCCCACUCUGGCCAUUGGCUACCUGCAAAUGGUGUGGAGCGGCAAGUAUGAGAGGGCCAUAUCCUUCGUGGGUAGGAACGAAUACAAGUUGGACGAUUCCUACAAGAGGAGCAUCGAAAAUCUGAAGCGCAUCCGCACGCCAGAAAACCUGCCGGAAAGAGCCCAGGAGCUGCUAUCUUGUGCGGACACAGUGGUGAUAUUCAUGGCCAGGAGCACCUCGAACCAGUUCAAAGUACUCCAAUCUCAGUUUUGGACGAAGGGGCAGCUCAAGACGUUCUUGUCCCACUUUAAAAUCUUCAUCUACUCUGAUGAGAUGAUGCCCCAGGCGCAUAUCCACCUCGAUCGUCCUUUGCCGGCGCCAUUUGCCUGGGCUUCCGUGGACGCCAUUCCGGACUGGCCGUUCGAUCGAAUAAGUUACCCAACCUGAGCACUUACAUGGCC